AUGUCUCAAAAGAUUUAUCUUCAAGGAAUCACCGACAAUGUCAAACUCGCAAGGGAGCAUGCCUUGCUUGGUAGUUAUUCAGUCUCCCUUGCAUACUAUGAUGGAAUAUCGGACCAAAUAGAUUCAUACAUGAACGACAAUCUACUCGGAAUGGAUUCCAAAACACAAUGGGCUCAGCUCAAACAAAGACUAAAACAAGAAUAUCAAAUUAUACAACACAUUCAAAAUGAAUUGAACACAUUCAGUAACGGUUUAUCUCAAGGAAAUAGCAACAGUGGAAGUAACAACACCCGAAUGAAACCGAUUGCCAAAUUCUUUGAAGACCAACCCGAAAAGUCAUCUGGUGGAGGAUGUGCAUUUGUUGUAAAUACUGUUUCCAACAGCAACAACAACAACUCUCCACCUGUGUAUGACGAUGGUCCAUUUGGUCCUAGAGCGAAAACCCCAAGCGCCAAUCAACAAAACAUUUCUCCGCAAGACAAUUAUGAUCCCGAUGUGUGGCUUCCUCCAACACCAGUGCAGGGAGUAAGCAAACCAAAGAGAUUACAACCAAACAAUGCUGAGAAGAAAGUAGUAUCUUCUAAACCAGUGAACAAUAGAAUUGUUAAUUAUGUCGAUAAGAAACUUAAUGCAAAGUUGUUGGGAAAUCAAUAUUCCAAAGAUAACAAACAAAAACCUCCCAUCCCAAGUGUUGCAUCUAAAAAAUCAAAAGUGGAUGACAAGGAUAAUAACAUGUCCAUCGAUGAGGAUGUUCCUGCAGCCACAGGAGAUGAAAGACCAAAAUUCGUUCCAGCAUGUGCAUCGGAUAAGGACCUUGUGGAAAUUAUUGAAAGAGAGAUUUUAGAUAAGCAAUGCAAUACACAUUGGAGUGAUAUUGCUGGUUUAGACCAAGCAAAAGGAUUAUUGGAAGAGGCUGCAGUGCUUCCAAUCAUGAUGCCUGAAUUCUUUAAUGGAAUUCGAUCACCUUAUAAGGGAAUUCUGUUAUUUGGUCCUCCAGGUACAGGAAAGACCAUGCUUGCAAAAGCUGUUGCCACAGAAUGUAAAACAACAUUUUUCUGCGUUUCUGUUUCCGCCUUAACCUCAAAAUGGAGAGGUGAAUCUGAGAAAUUAAUCAAGUUAUUAUUUGAAAUGGCUCGAUUUUAUGCUCCAAGUACGAUAUUUAUUGACGAAAUUGAUGCUUUAGGAAGUAAGAGAUCUGAAGGUGAACACGAAGCAAGUAGAAGAGUAAAAACAGAGUUAUUGGUUCAAAUGGAUGGUGUAAAUAAUGACAGUAAUUCGACAGAUGAUGCCAAAAAGAAGAUGGUACUUGUGCUUGGUGCCACAAAUCAUCCUUGGGAGCUCGAUGACGCCUUAAGAAGACGGCUUGAAAAGAGAAUACAUAUACCCUUGCCUGACCUAGAAGGAAGACGAUUAAUUUUCAAAUUAUAUCUUGACAAGCUAAUACUUGCUGACGAUGUGGAUGUGGAAGAACUUUCAAAGUUGACAGAAGGAUACAGUCCUGCAGAUAUUAAGUUAAUUUGCAGAGAUGCAGCGAUGAUGGUCCUUAGAAAAGCCAUAGAAAAUCUUGGCAAGACUGAAAUUAUUUCCAAACAAGGUGAGAUCAAAAAUCAACCAAUAACAAUGAGCCACUUCUUGGAGACAUUGAAGAAUGUCAGCUCCUCAGUUGGUACGGCUGAAUUGGACAGAUACAAAAAGUGGAUGGAGGAGUAUGGAUCUAAAUAA